AGGUAUAGACACAUAUUUUUUUUUUUUUCUUGAAUUAGAAAUGUCAUUAAAAAGCGAUCGUGCAUUUUAUAAAAAGACCAAGGGAAAUUCUAUUGUUAAGCUUGUGCGAGAACAAUAUGUUCGUAGUGAUAUUCCAUGUUUGUCAGAAGCCUGUCCUAUGAACUGUGAUAAUAAUGGAAGUCAAGCACUAUUAAGUUCUUCAAGUGAUCAUUAUCUUAUACCAGAUAUUUCGGUUAUCAUGCGUUACUUGGAAGUACUUGAACAAGAAGAAAUCACGGGUGUAAUUUACAGUCAAACGGUUACAGCCAAUCUUCAACAACACGACAAGAUGAAACUGUAUCGAAAGAUUCGACAGAUUACAAAUGAUUCUCGGCGAAAAUGUAUUGUAUUUUAUAACGAGAUUUUUGAAGAAACCAAGGUACAUCGAUUACCCCAUGAGCCUUCUUCAGACAGAGAUUGGCGGGCCUUGUGUGUAUUGGCAGAAUGGUAUCGGAUCCAUUUGAAGGAUUCAAAGAAAAUUAUCAUCUUGACUGAGCAGCAGCAAGAUAUGACAUGUUUAUCAACAAACAUAGAUGUCAUGUCCACAAAGGAAUAUAUUCAACGCUAUUGGGGUCACCAUGUCUUGUUAAAUGAUUUAAUACAAGGUUUGGCUGAUGUUGUACUACUUGAAGAAGACGAAUUUGGAAAAAUCAAGUUUAGUAACAAACAUGGCUCGAACGAAACAGCCGUAUCGGGUUAUACUGAAUACAAACCUAUAGAGGAUCUUGAGGUCGGUAUCAAAUCAGGAAGAUACUUUUCAGGCACUUUGCGCUGUAAGAAAGACAGCAGAGACCAAGCGUACAUUAUUGGUAAUAAUGGAAGGCAUAUUACCAUCACUGGCAACGAUCAUCGUAACCGUGCAGUACAUGGUGAUGCUGUGGUUGUGGAACUGCUGUCAGAAAAUCAUUGGAUUCAUCCAUCAAAUGACAUUGCAUAUGAGAGUACGAACGCUGACGAUGAGUAUGAGGAUGAAUCCUUUGUAACUCCAAGUCAGGCAGCAGGACGAGUUGUCGGUAUUUUGAACAGAAACUGGAGAUCAUAUGUAGCAACCAUACAGGAAGAUAGUGCUGAAGCAGGUGGAUCUAUUCAUUUGGCAAUUCCACUUGAUCCUGUCAUUCCAAAGAUCAGGAUAAGGUACCAUGAUGUCAAACUGAUCGAAAAUCAGCGUAUUGUCGUCCGUAUCGACAAUUGGCCUGUUUCUUCACAGUAUCCAAACGGACACUUUGUGCGAUCCUUGGGUCCCAUACAUACCCUCGACUCUGAAAUAUCAGCCAUCCUGGUAGAGCACUCCAUAUCUGUAUCUCAAGCAAGCCAAGGUUUCAGUGAAGCGUCGUUAAAGGAAAUGCCUGUUGAUACUCCCGAGUCUCCAUGGAAACCCGAAGAAGAGGAGAUUGGCAAGAGAAGGGAUUUAAGGAACUUGGUUGUAUUCAGUAUUGAUCCUCCAAAUUGUCAGGACAUUGACGAUGCGCUUUCUAUAAAAGAACUCGAGAACGGAAAAGUAGAAUUAGGCGUUCAUAUUGCUGAUGUCAGUUAUUUUGUUAAAGAGAACUAUAUAACAGAUCUCGAAGCUAGAUCCAGAGGUACUACAGUUUACCUAGCAGAUAGAAGAUUUGAUAUGCUUCCGUCAGUACUGAGUGAAAGAGUAUGCUCGUUAAGGCAUCAUGUCGACCGAUAUUCUGUGUCUGUCAUUUGGACAUUGGAUAAACAUUAUAAUAUUGUGGACACGUGGUUUGGCAGAACCAUUAUCCACUCCAGUUGCGAAAUGGAAUACGAACAAGCUCAGCAGUUACUCAAUGGGAAACAGGUGGCUACCGGAUUAGAUGCUUCUCUUUGUAAAAAGCUGAAGCCGCGUAUAGAAAAGUUAGCUGAAGUACUUCGAGUGAUUCGAGAUAGACGUUUAUCUAAGGGCGCAUUAGAGCUCGAAGGAUCAGAGAUAAAAUUCAAAAUCACAGAUAAACAUGAGAUUACAGAUAUUAUCCCUAAAGAUAGUAUGGAAAUUCAUGGCCUGGUUGCUGAAGCAAUGAUCUUGGCUAAUGCUUCAGUCGGAAAAAGAAUAUACGAAGGAUACAAAGAUGCAGCCAUCCUUAGACAUCAUCCACCUCCUAGCCCUGCACAGUUUGAAAAGCUUGUCAAAGCAGCCGAAAGCAAGGGCUUCUCGGUCGAUUUUGCAUCUAACCGAGCGCUGAGCCAAUCUCUAGAAAAAAUUACAGAUGCUUGUAAAGAUGAUCCUGAGAUUGCUAAGCUUCUUAAAACGAUGGCAACGAUCGCUAUGAAUGAAGCUGGGUACAUCUCAUCUGGACAGUUUCCUGUUGAUCAGUAUUAUCACUAUGGUCUUGCCUUGGAGUUUUAUACACAUUUUACGUCACCUAUUCGUAGAUAUGCUGAUAUUGUAGCACAUAGACAACUUCUCAUGUGUGUUGCCGAUCCAACUGCAGUUAAGGAUAGCGUAAUUCAUUCGCUUAUGUUCAAGGACAGUGCUAUUACCGACAUUUGUGAGAACCUCAAUCGCAAAUCAAGAGAGUCAAAAUUUGCUCAAAGAGACUCCACUGAACUGUUUCAAAGCUUAUACGUGUUACAAAAGACUGCCAAUGGUGAUCCGUUGAUUGAAAAAGGUAUUAUAUCCGAGAUUAGGUCUAAUGGUUUCUAUGUCUAUGUCCCAAGACUUGGAUUAAAAGGACCUGUUUAUCUCAAGGAGAGGGAUGGAACGCCAAGCGUCCCGUUGUCACUCAUAUCUGGCAAAAAUGCCGAUGAGCAGGAGACGAUACCUCAUUGCAAUAUUGAAGUGAAUAUGCCCACAUCUAUCUCUGUGCUGUCACCAGACUUGCCGCAUCCGAUACAGUUCAAUCUAUUUGAUCAUGUCAGAGUCUCGCUCAAGCUUCGCAAAUCACAUGCGCAUCGUCAUCUAGUUUAUAUGGUACUAAUUGAUAUGGAUCAUACUGAGAUUAGAACUAGUCAGCCAUCUCAAAUUGCUCGUAUGUCAAACACAGAGAUGAUGGAGUCCAUUCAUGACUCUGAAAGAAAGGGCAAUGCUGAGAAAGAAUCUACCAAGAAAAAGAAGAAUAAGGCUAGCUCUAUGUAUGACGUUUUGGAAAGAUUUAGAAAGCUAUCGAUUAUACAAAGUACAUCAUGAACUUUGCAAAAGCAAUAAAAAUAAUUUAUGCAACUCAGAUUCUGCUUAGCGUCUGUGUAACCCUAAGUACAAUAAGAAUGCCUU